AUGGUCGUUCUGGCAGCGUCGAUUUGUACUCGCGGAGGCAAAGCAGUCCUCUCGCGUCAAUUCCGCGAGAUCUCUAGGUCGCGAAUCGAAGCCCUCCUCGCCUCUUUCCCUAAGCUUGCGGACUCCGGAACCCAACACACCACUGUCGAGCAAGACAACGUGCGCUUCGUUUACCAGCCAUUGGACGAGUUGUACAUUGUCCUGAUAACCAACCGCCAAUCCAACAUUCUACAAGACAUUGACAGUCUCCACCUCUUCGCGCAAGUCACAAGCAGCAUCUGCAAGAGCCUGGACGAGCGCGAGAUCCUCCGCAAUGCCUUCGAACUCCUGAGUGCAUUCGAUGAGUUGGUGACAUUGGGAUACCGGGAGAACCUUUCUCUGUCUCAGAUUAAGACCUUCUUGGAAAUGGAGAGUCACGAGGAGAGAAUCCAGGAGAUCAUUGAGCGGAACAAAGAGUUGGAGGCCAGCGAGGAGCGCAAGAGGAAGGCGAAGCAGUUGGAGAUGCAGCGCAAGGAGGCUGCUCGUACAGGUCGUGCUGCGGCCCCAAGAACCCCAUCCUACCCCGUCUACACACCUCCGUCCCGCCCUACGGUGCCCGACACCUACGAUUCAUAUGAGGCCGAGAAGAAGAAGACAUUCUCCAAGCCUAUUCCCUCCCGCGGCAAGGGUAUGCAACUUGGCAAGAAGUCCAAGGCUACCGAUAUUUACGAGAAGGUGCGGGGUGAUCUAGGCCCCGAGCCUGAGGAAGAGAGCCCCUUCGUGACUCCUCAAAUCUCGACCCCCGUGCAAGACAUUCCACCUGCCCGCGAGUCCCUCAAUGCGGACCGUGAACCCAUCCAUCUCACAAUCGCCGAGACCAUCUCAGCCACUCUGACUCGGGAGGGUGCCUUGAAGUCAUUCGAGGUCAAGGGUGACCUGCAGCUCCGCAUCACCGACCCUUCAUUUACCAAGCUUCGACUUGACUGUCAGGCUGUUCCCACACAUGGCGCACAAUUCCGCACUCACCCCAACGUCGACAAGGCCCUCUUCACCAACUCAUCUGUCAUCCAACUUAAGGAUACUACCAAGCGAUUCCCGGCCAACAACUCUAUCGGUGUUCUUAGGUGGCGGGUGGCCAGUUCGGCUGACAAUGCCGAUAUUCUUCCCAUCACAUUCACCGUCUGGGUAAACAAGGGCGCUGACUCAACCACCGUGACCGUGGAGUAUGAGCUCACUGGAGAGGACAGUCUUCGCGAUGUUGUCGUUACCAUUCCCUACGGCUCAACGGAGCCUGCAGUAUCCAGCUUCGACGCAGUGUACGAGGUCUCUGGAGACAGUCUGGACUGGAACCUGGGUGCCGUCGACGAAUCGAACGCUUCUGGCAGCUUCGAGUUCGAGGCGACCGACGCUGAUGAGAACGAAUUCUUCCCCAUGAGUGUUCGCUUCACAAAGACCAAGCCGUUCGUGGAUGUCGACGUCCACAGCGUUUCCCUCCUGGAGAUGGAGGGUGAGAACGCCGGCUUCUCUAAGGAUGUCCGUAGUGUCGCUGAGAACUUCCUCAUUGAGUAA